CUUCGAGAUGUGCCGUGCUCUUGGUCUCGUGGACCGUCUGCCACGGCUUGUCUGUGCGCAGGCUGCCAAUGCCAACCCACUGUACCGGUACUACAAGUCAGGAUGGACCCAGUUCCAGCCACAGGUGGCUGAGCCGACGUUUGCCUCUGCGAUUCAGAUCGGUGACCCGGUGUCGGUCAACCGCGCCGUCGUCGCCCUCAAGGCCACGAACGGCAUCGUCGCGGAGGCCACCGAGGAGGAGCUCAUGAAUGCCAUGUCUCUCGCUGACCGCACCGGAAUGUUUGCCUGCCCGCAUACUGGGGUCGCUCUUGCGGCGCUCUUCAAGCUCAGGUUAGACUGUACCAUCGGGCCAAACGACCGCACUGUGGUCGUCAGCACCGCGCACGGUCUCAAGUUCUCCCAGUCCAAGAUCGACUACCAUGACAAGAAGAUUGAGGACAUGGCCUGCAAGUAUGCUAACCCACCCGUUAGCGUGAAGGCCGACUUUGGUGCCGUCAUGGACGUUCUCAAGAAGAGGCUCAAGGGUAAGCUCUGAGUCUGCCCUCUUGCCAACCUCUCCAAUUUCAGUUGUCUUGUGCAUCUGAUUAAAAUGUGAUCGUUUGCCGUGGAGCAUUUGAUGGAAACCUUGAUUUGAUAUCGUUUAGGUGAGACUCUUCUAGAUGUGUCUGUGGAGAAUGGUUAGGGAGUGGGUUAUCUCUUGUACUGUCAUGUGUUCUAUCGAUAAUAAAUGUUUGUCUUGAUAUUCAUUCAAUAAAUCAUUCAAGCAUG